UUGAUAUAUAAAGAACAGCAAAAUUAAAUUCAAUGUUCUACUUACAACGGUCGGUAAAGUCUCAAUUCUCGAGAUGAAGAUCUUAUACGUAUUCGCUCUUUUGAUUGUGGCUGCGGUCGCUUUCGCACUUCCCGUCGAAGAACAUCAUCGCGAGCGUAGGGUCACCUGUGAUCUUCUCGAUGGUCUUGGUGUUGGUCACAGCGCUUGCGCCGCUCACUGUCUCGCCAAAGGAUAUAAAGGAGGAAGCUGUACCAGCAAUGGUAUUUGUUCGUGCCGCAAGGACAGAUGGAUUGGUUAAUUUCGAUUGCGGUAAUCAUUCUCUUACAAUUGAGAAAACUGGACUGGAAUUUUGAUUGAUGGACAUGUCGCGUAUGAUUCACACUUUUUGGAAUUUUAACAAAAUGUAUCAUAAAUUCGUCUAUAAUACUCUUUAAAAUUAGUGCAAUAUAUUUUAUAUAUAUCCUUUCAUUACACAUACUUUCAGAAAUAUACUUAUAAUUCGUGGUAUAUAAAGAAUAUAAAUAUAAAUAUGUAUAUAUGAAUAAAUAAACAUAUAUAUAUAUGUAUUUCCAGUAAGAAUAAACGAACAGUAACAAUAUAACAUAGAUCAAAAUGUCAGACUCAAUAAUAUAAAUUUAAUAUAUAUAUUUGAAUAUGUACAUGCCGUAAAUAUAAGUUGUUCGAGUUUUAACU